GGCCAAACAUCUCCAACAUCAGUGCCAUAUUUAUCGUCAUGACGCCCGAUCCGCAGCCCGAACAACCCGCGCAAGCCGAAACAGCCCAAGAAACAACUCAGUCUCAACCACAGGAAGCAGGGCAACAUCCGGAAUCAGAGCAAGACCCUCCCGCAUCACCGCCCCUCCCUCAGCGACACACAGCCGUCACGCCUGGUCCCCGCGCCGCGCGUCUUCAAGAACUCUACGCGCGAUCGCUAAAGAAGACGCUGGGCAAGAUUGGAUGGGACAAUGUCGCCGGCUGCUACCCUACGGUUGCGAAGAGGGCGGAGGGUGUGUUGAGGCAGGUUCAGGGACAAAUGGUUGAUAAGCUUGGUGAGAAGUGCGAGAAAGAGUUUGAUAAUAUUAUGGUAUCGAGACAGGUCGUUCCUAAGCUCAAUGACCUAGAGAGCCUCAUUAGUGAUGCCUCCCGCCGACGCGCAGAGUCAACAACAGAAGAGCCAAUACCUCCUCAUCUUCUACCCCCAUCAGCAAUCCUCGCCGCACAUCUCACGCCCGCCCUCACGGCGCACCAAUCGCAACUCAAUGCUCGUCUACAAACGACACAAUCGCAGAACGCUCUUUUGUACGACGAAGUUCGUCGUCAAAGAGAAGAAAUUCGUGCACUUCUUGGUACCCUCGAAGCUGUCGUCGCCGAUGUCCGGGGCGCAAAUGACGCGCUGCGCCCGGUUGUGGACGAUGUUGCUGCUGAGACGAGACAGGGCAUAGCAGCUGUUGACGCAGCCAAUGGUGGUAGGCAAUAAGGAGCAUCAUCAUGACUAUGAACGGUGAGAAAGAUGCAUCCAGAUAGCAUAAAGCUGAACGUAUGCUGUGGUCAUACAAUGGAUCUGGGAGUAACGGGCGUUAUUAUACCAAUGUUUUGUUUUGUCUUGUAUAACAGCAUUUACGAAGCAACGGUCACAGUUAAUCAAGCAUUUAGAUGCAACGCCAUCUUCAAAAUGUUUCUUUCGA